GUGUCACUUUGUCAACCCCUCUCUCACUAUUUCCCGCUUUCCAGAAGUAAAAAAAUAUCUAAGCUCACUGCAUUUUGUAUGAAGAUUGAAGUACGGUAGCUGCGCCUGCGCGGGUAUUAUCCUUGAGAGAGAGAGAGAGAGAGAUUCUACCUCAUAGAUGGAGAUUGCAUUAUACCUUUGAUUGAAUCAUUUGCUCAAAAGCUGGAGAUGUGAAAGGAUAAAACAGCAAAGCGAUAACAGGAAUUUCCGGCGAUAACAAUGGCAAUUGGCGCCGUCGUUUCCCACCGCAAUUUCGGCUCGUUUAUCGGUUCCGAACGACUAUAUCAUGGAGAAACAGCCACAUAUCAUCAACCAGGUCAGCGCUUGAGUGUUGCUGCAGCAAAGUAUGCAUGUCCAAUGAUUCGUAGCAAGUUGUAUCUUCCAUGUACAAGCUAUACAUGUGCGCGUGGGUAUAGUUCAUCUCUUCAUACUAGAGAUCAGUCCAACGCAGAAUUUCACCAAUCAAAUUAUGCAUCCCAUUUAAGAGUAGAUCCACCCCUCUUAACGUCCCACCAACUCAGCCGGAAGUUUAAAGUGAUCAAUACAAGGAGAAGAGUUAGAGGACUAUGUCAGUGCUGCCUUACUUCAGCAUACUCUGACAGCAAUCUGAUUCCAGCAAGGAAGUUUAGUAACCGUAGCUUUCUUGAUAGCCAAAAUCCUAUGUCAAAAUAUUCAACAGUGAUGGGGACUACAGCCGACUUCACAUCUGAAGAUUUUGAUAUAACAGGAACUAAUUUGGACUCCAUCUUGUCACCUGAUGGAGCAAGUGAAGCUGUUUUGGUUAAGGAAGUUGAGCAAGCAGUACCUUGGUGGAAGCAGUUACCAAAGCGAUGGGUGAUGGUGCUCCUUUGUUUUACUGCAUUUCUGCUGUGCAACAUGGACCGCGUGAACAUGAGUAUAGCGAUACUCCCAAUGUCCAAGGAAUACAACUGGAAUAGUGCCACUGUUGGUCUGAUUCAGUCUUCUUUUUUCUGGGGUUAUCUGCUUACACAGAUUGUUGGAGGUAUAUGGGCUGAUAAAAUAGGUGGGAAGCUAGUGCUUGGUUUUGGAGUAAUUUGGUGGUCUAUUGCAACAGUUUUGACACCUAUUGCUGCAAGAAUCGGGCUCCCAUGCUUACUCAUAAUGCGUGCCUUCAUGGGAAUUGGUGAGGGUGUUGCCAUGCCUGCGAUGAAUAAUUUGUUGUCGAAGUGGAUUCCUGUCUCUGAGAGAAGCAGGUCUCUUGCGCUAGUAUACAGUGGCAUGUAUCUUGGAUCAGUUACAGGAUUAGCUGUUUCACCUGUUAUGAUCCAGAAGUUUGGGUGGCCAUCUAUCUUCUAUUCUUUUGGAUCCCUUGGGAUUAUCUGGUUUGCUCUAUGGUGGAGCAAAGCGCACAGUUCACCAGAAGAUGACCCAGAUCUUAGUCUGGGGGAAAGGGAAUUGAUUUUAGGCGGCAGCAUAUCUAAGGAACCUGUCUUGGAAAUUCCAUGGAAGAAAAUUCUAACCAAGGCCCCUGUCUGGGCUCUCAUUGUUUCCCAUUUCUGCCACAACUGGGGAACAUUUAUUCUCUUGACAUGGAUGCCUACUUACUAUAACCAGGUUUUGAAAUUCAACCUCACUAAAUCCGGACUGCUCUGCGUGCUUCCGUGGCUCACGAUGGCUGUGUUUGCUAAUAUAGGCGGGUGGAUCGCCGAUACCCUCAUAAGCAAAGGUCUCUCCAUCACUACAGUCCGUAAGAUAAUGCAGUCGAUUGGAUUUCUAGGCCCCGCUUUCUUCUUAACACAGCUUAGCAAAGUGAAGACACCUGCUCUAGCAGUGCUGUGCAUGGCGUGCAGUCAGGGUUCGGAUGCAUUCUCUCAAUCCGGACUCUACUCGAAUCACCAAGAUAUCGGGCCACGCUACGCUGGAGUUCUCUUGGGUCUAUCUAACACUGCUGGUGUACUUGCUGGUGUAUUCGGAACUGCUGCUACAGGAUACAUACUACAAAAGGGUUCUUGGGAUGAUGUGUUCAAAGUGGCCGUGGCGUUGUACAUCGUCGGCACAAUAACGUGGAACCUUUUCGCCACCGGAGAGAAAAUUCUGGACUAGGUAGAGUGCUCUGAAACGAAAGCGUUAUAUUCAUAUAUUUGGAUGGUUUUGGCGCUGAGAUAUUUGAACGACGCUUUCUAGUGAAAGCGAUCAAUUUUUCAUUAAAUUAUUCACAGGGAUUAUAUAAUUAUUCAACCUCUUGUCCCUUUUACCGACACUCGGUCUUUUAUUACAAGCUAUAUGUAGGUUUUAUUUGUCUUAUUACAGCCACGGACUGUCAAGUGAAAACUUUAUCUAAAUUAUUUAACUUGUACGAUGAUACUUUU